UUGAAUACACUUAUCAGUUUUGCAGUGAUUUUUCUAUUUCUGCCCUGAUGGCACAUGACAGACCUCUAGGUGUAGAUUUCUUACUCAUGAUAGUCUUGUAUCAUUCAUUACUUUGGAAAUCUCUCAUUUAGUUCAGUGCUCUUAUUCAACACAAGUACCUGCGUCAAUUAAUGCCAGAACCGACCAGCGACUGAACAGGUAACAAAAAGGGAAAGCUGCGCUGUAUCUUUUGACAGGAUCCAACUGUAGAUUUGAUUUAAUACACCAAACCUUCUCCAGUAAUGUGUAUGAGGCAAAUGGAAAACAAUACUUAUCCCCCUUAUUUUAACCUCACUAUGUUUGUGAACUUGGGCAAAUACCGCUACCCGACAUUCGUCUUGUGUUUCCUGUUGUAUGCUUUUAUUGUCUCAGCUAAUCUUGUCAUAAUACUGGCAAUAUCACAAGAGAAAAAAUUACAUGAGCCCAUGUAUAUUUUUAUUAUGUGUCUCUCUAUCAACUCUUUGUACGGCUCUGCUGGCUUCUUCAUCAGAUUUUUCAGAGACCUUCUUUCUGAUACUCAUUUGAUCUCACGAUCGGCAUGUUUCAGUCAGAUCUACAUCAUUUACACAUACGCAUCCUAUGAGCUCACCAUUUUGGGCAUUAUGGCAUAUGAUCGGUAUGUUGCUGUAUGUCAACCUUUACAUUACUACAACAAAAUAACUUUGAAGAUGGUGUGUAAGUUGGUGGUCCUAGCAUGCAUCUAUCCAGCUGUGUCUGUUGCCGUCUGUGUUUAUCUGUCCUCCAGACUUCCCUUGUGUGGCAAUAAGAUACCCAAGGUGUUCUGUGCAAACUGGCCUGUUGUAAAACUGUCAUGUGUCCCUACUGUGCUCAAUAAUCUUAUUGGAAUGCUUGUGUCCACAAGCACAGUCUUUCUGCCCCUGGCUUUUGUCCUGUAUACAUAUGUACGUAUUUUUCUGUUGUGUAGAAAACGCUCCUCAGAGUUUAAGAGCAAAGUCGUACAAAGCUGUCUGCCACACAUCGUUACAUUCGUCAAUUAUUCCAUUACUGUGUUUUGUGAUGUUGCCCUCAGCAGAAUUAAUCUUGAAGAGGUGAAUCCCUUUCUAGGUGUAAUCCUAUCACUCGAAUUUGUUGUGAUUCCUCCCAUUCUGAAUCCUCUUGUUUAUGGCCUGAAGUUACCAGAAAUUAGAAAAGUUAUAAUCAGAAUGUUAUCAUGCUCAAAACAUGACAAACAAACUAAUUGUUAA